CAAUGGCGGAUUACGAUAGCUACGAUGACCGAGAUCGGGCUUAUGGCAGUUUUGGAGGUGGGAGAGGAAGAUCCCGAGGUGGUGGCGGCCCUGGAGGACCCCGCAAACAGAAAGAACUUCCCACAGAGCCCCCCUACACAGCUUACGUGGGGAACCUCCCCUUCAACACAGUGCAAGGAGACAUUGAUGCCAUCUUCAAAGACCUGAACGUCAGGAGUGUCCGGCUAGUCAGAGAUAAAGACACAGACAAGUUUAAAGGUUUCUGUUAUGUAGAAUUUGAUGACUUGGAAUCCCUAAAAGAAGCCUUGAUGUAUGAUGGUGCUCUCCUGGCCGACCGAUCGCUGAGGGUGGACAUCGCCGAGGGUCGCCGGCAAGAGAAAGGUGGCGGAGGGUUCGGCUUCCGAAAACAGGAUGACCGAGGAGGCCGAGGAGGCAUGCAUGGCCCCAGAGGAGGGGGCUGGGAUCCCAGGGACGACUGCAACAAUUCAGGAGGAGGGUUCAGAGACGAUGACUUCAUGUCGGGCAGGAGUCGAGGGGGCGGGCGACCUGGAGACAGGAGGGGGGGCGGUGCUGGCGGCGGCGGAGGAGGAGGGAUGGGCCGCUACAGAGACGGACCCCGCGGGGGCCCCACAGACUUCAGAGAACCUUCUGAAGAGGAGAGGGCCCAGAGGCCGAGACUACAGCUGAAACCCCGAACGGUGGACGCGCCUCUCAACCAAGUCGCCAACCCCCACUCCGCCAUCUUUGGCGGGGCCAAGCCACGGGAGGAGAAUUAAUCAGAUCGAGAGGGUGCAUAAUUCAAGAGGGCUAGACUGGAUCGACCGCCUUGUUCACCAAAAAUCUUUCAAAGUCUACACAGAGGGCGCUGGGCUCCUCCCAUCCCAUCCCCUGAACCCCCUUCCACCCCCGAACCCCGCCCGCCCAGUGCAUGCCUGCCCCUUGCCUGGAAGAGAGAGGGCAGGAACAGGGUGGGCAUCCCCACACACCCCCACCCCCUUGCAUGCCAGCUCCAAAGGCAAGCAUUUUGGACAGUGGCUUCAGUCGAACUCUGUUGCCUUUGGGUAAGGACCUUCUUGUGUGUCAUAUUGUCUGUGCUCCUUUUUCCAAAGGCAUCUCUUGUGUUUUAUUCUCUAUUCCGAUUCACACUUUAAGACGGGAAACGGCGUCUGCCGUUCCUGUGCGUCUCGUCUUUGUCCCUCAUUAUUCUGUUUAUGGAUGAAGUGUUUCUCUCAACCGUCUUCAGUGUUAAGUGAUUCCUAUGUUGCCAGCUACUCAGCUUCUAGGUUGUCUUUUUGAGAAAUUCUGGCAUCCAUUUUGUUUAGUUUUUUCUUUCUUUUUUGAAAGAUUUUUGGCUCAGGUCGGCGCAAUCCAGUUGAUAAGGCUUUCUGCUACAAAGCAUUGGUUCAGAAGCCCAGGUUAGACAAACUGGUGUGGUUCUGACUCCCAUUAUUCAAUUUUCACAACUAGAGAUAGUAACAUAGUAAAUGAAGAUGUAUCACACUGAUCAUGGAUAAAAUGAACUGCCUGGCACUUAAAACUUAAAACUUAAAAAAAGCAUCAUUAAAUACAUAGGAAAAAAGCUGCCUCUAAACAGCCCAUGCCUCAACAAACCAAAUGGCACUAUACAGAACAAGAAUCACGAUCCUGCUUGGAUUAGAUAUCUGACUUUUUAUUUAAUUUUUUAAAAUUGCAUAGAUGUACUCUUUCGUAUAAGCUAGAACGAUCAGCCAUCUGCCUUUUUUGGUUUUACUGCACUGUUUAUGGCAAUAAUAUGUCUCACCUUACAGAUGCUCAUGAAUGUGUUGAAAUAUUGAAAAUGGGAUGGAGGCAUUUUUAAGGUGGUGUCCUUUUGCGCAUUUUAUUUUUGAAACUAAAACAAACUUUUUUUGUUGUUGUAAUAUUGUGACAUUUAAGGAAAGUGGUUCUCCGUCAUAGUCGACUAGAUGAGGAAGAAUGUUACUGUAAUUUGAAUUAUUGGUUUUUUCCAAACUGAUGAAUCCAUUUGAUUGUCAAGGUUCAACCUUAUUUCUUCUGGUUCCCAAAGUUGCUUCCAUUGUUACUAAUGCAGGGCAUUCUUGUAGAUUGGUUUAGCCAAUAGCUGUAACAUUUCUUUGAAUAGUUUUUCUUGGGAAAAGAAAAAGAAAACUAAGCUUCCGUGAACAGUGGUAGCUAAUUUUAAUGGUUUGAACAUUUCAGUUUGAGCUCAGACGCUGAUAUGACAGCUGAUUGGCUGCACGGCGACUAGAUGAUUUCAUGACGGGUCACCGCAGUUCUUGUGUUGCCGUUUAACAGAAUGUUUUUCAGAGUGCAAAAAAUGUACUCUGCUCACGUAGCAGAUUAAGUUUAGCUCAGAAAAAAAGGCAUUCACUUGUUCUUCAGAUGGCUUUUAUACAUUUUAGUUAAGCCUCUAAUCUAUUGCCAUCUCAUUACCUCAUUAGAAGUAGCUUUAGUUGUGUCUUAAUGCUGUAAAUCAGUCAAAAGAAUAAUCAAAGAUGCUUGAUUUAAACCUCAUAAUAGUGUUUCAUACCUCACCGAAAUGUUAAUUUAUACCUCACACAGUGCUAUUGCUCCCAUAAGAUUACGUACCAUGUAAUCUGUUAAAGGAGCACUGUCUGUUUUGACUUAAAUUUAUUUGGAUUAAAUGCUUAAAUUACAUGUGUAGGCAUUUUUACCUUCUGGGAAACACAGGCUGGAGAGUCAAGCCAAACACGUCCAGUGACGUCACUAGACAUGUUUGUUUUGAUAGGUUUUGCCCCAUAUCUAGGAAACUGCUACACUGACGGUGAUUUUAAAAAUGCCUACACACAUAAUUUAAGCAUUUAAUCCAAAUAAGCACGGUCAAAAAACCUUGACCAUGCUCCUUUAACCAUGUAUUUGACAAAUGAAGAAUCCCCUGCAUGGACAGUUUGUAUUGUAAUGUGAAAUUGUGAAGGUCUGAGUUGGAAUAUCUUGGAUAGAAAGCUCAUGACCAAUAAGCACUUGCUGACAAACUACCCCCUCCCCCCCAUCCACACACAUGUAUUGACCUGGAUUGUUCACUGGAAGCAAACUUGGUACCUCCCUGUCGGAAAUGGUAUAUUCUCUGUUUUGCAGGUCUUUGUGUGAAAGUCCCAGCAGUAUGUAGAAUACAUAUUUCAAAUAAUGGGUAAGAAGCAUUUGUGUAACGCUGUUUAAACUGACAGAGCCUGCCGUUGUUAAAUUAUACUGUGUGGAUUUCUCUGAUGCAAGACUGAACUCACAUCUUGGACGGUGUGAAGAGGGAGGCGGUGGGUUGUGGUAGCAGGUGUGUUCUAUAUAUAAUCUGCUCUUCUUUUUUUUAAUUGAGUCCGCCACUUUGUUUCUUGUCAACCGAGUUGACUUUUAAAUGCAAGGAAAUCCCAACGCUUCAGACUUUUGGAAGGACAAAAAUGAAGACAGUCGAUUUGGAAAGCAUUUGGUAUUUUGUGAAUCUUUUGAAUAAAAAAAAAAAGAACCUCAACUAACCAUUGUUUUCUUUGUUGCUGUUCUAAGCGAAAUGGCAAGUGUAUGGUUGUUUUAUUAAAGAUAACAUUGGUUGUAUUGUGAAACUGUACCAUUUGCCAAAUUCUUGACUCAUUCUUUUAAUUUGUUAUGUGAAUCAACGUUUGUACAUUUUAAAUUGUAAAAUCCAAAUCCUGAUUAAUACUGGAUGUCAUUUGAUCAUGUUUCCUGGACAGUUCUAACUGACCUUCGAGUCUGUUAAGAUUGAGAUGCUACCCUUUGCUGUUAAAUGUGCGCUAGAGUAUUGCAAUUACAGGGUAAAAGCUGUGAAAAUUGCCUUUUGGAAUUUUUCUGAUAUGAGGGUAGAUAUACAGGUUUUGAGCAUGAUGAAUACGAGUAUUGUAUAGUCCAUACACGUUUAGUCCUUUCGGAUUGGUAGUCUUGUUUUUAAAAAAAGUUGGAUAUUCUCAAGUCUUAAAACUACUGUGAUGAAAUCUGUCAAUAAAUCUUUGCUCUGUACUCUAAAAGGUUUGACAUAAA